AUGAACCCUAUCAUCAAAAGCACAGAGGUCGGGGGCAUUGCCAGUAGCUAUGAUUCCCAUCUUGCUAGACAAAACCCGCGAGGCGCCGGCCAAAGGGCUGGGCUUAGGGAUCGAAACCUAAUGAUUUCUGACCUACGGACUGCUGAGGCAAUCCAUAUCAACGGGUCAAGACUGUCUGGUUCGAAUUUCACUGGCACUGAAACAGAGACAGAGACAGGCAUGAAUGUUUGCGGCAGCGGCCCUCUCACAGCAGGCUUGAGAGCCUUGCGCCCCACCUAUCGCCCGUACAGGCCCAUCGUAGCAGCCUCACUCGGUCCUCGUUCUUCCUACGCCCCUGCGUACAGCAUCAAGGCCAACAGCGGUGCAUUCUAG